AUGAAUGGCCAUCAUGAUGAAAACCAUAGUGAUAACAUAUGGACUUGUGAAGUUGACAAGUUAUUGGAGGAGUUACGAGAAAAUCAGUUUGGCGAUGAAUGGACAUUUGAAGAUAACAAGUUAAUUGAUGAUUUACAGGGAAAUGUAGAAGUGCUUGAGUCGUCAAAUAAAGGCUCUAAAGAUCUUGCAAAUGAGGAUGGUGGUGGUCCGUCAGAGAAAAAGAAGAUGACAAAAAGGUCGAGGGCAAGGCCAAUUCAAUGGACUCAAAAAGAACAUAAGUUGUUCUUAUUAGGGCUGCAAAAAUUAGGCAAAGGGAAGUGGAAAGAGAUGUCAAAGUUUUAUGUGCAAACCAAAACCCCGGCUCAAAUUACUAGUCAUGCACAAAAGUUCUACAAGCGCAUUGAUAAUCCCACACCCCUUGACAAACGCAAGCAUAGUAUCAAUGAUAUCCGGUUUGUCGAGGACUUUAGUUCCUUAACCGACAUUCAACCAAAUAUCUUAAGUCCCCAAUCAAGCAUGGCGCAAAAUCAUGUUCACCACACUAUUGAACAUCCAGUGCUUAAUAACAUAAAUCAUCAUCCAAACAUUCUUCAGAAUUUUGUUCCUCUGAAUUAUAAUCAGUCAAGUAUAACGAGUCCACAAUCAAUUGUGCCUCAAAAUUAUAUUCCCCAUGCUAUUCAACAUCAAGUAUUAAAUAGCUUAAGUCCCCAACCAACGGUGACUCAAAAUCAUGCUCUUCCUAAUUUUCAGCAAAUGGCUCAUAAUCGGAUGCAACAACCUAUCCUAUUCCCUGAGAACAACUAA